AUGUCUUUUACCAACCUUCCCACUGAGCUUGUCGUGCAGAUUUGUGAACACCUGGGACUAGCCGAUUGGUGCGCCCUUCGCCUGACCUGCAAGACACUCUUUCUUCGAUCGGUGGAAGCUUUCGCGGACUCGUCUUUCCAUACAAUAUGGGUACUGGUGACAAGUGAGAGUUUAGGCCGCUUGGCAGCGGUUGCUAGGGACGCAAAUCUUCGCACGCGCGUGAAGGAUAUCUGCAUAGUCCCUAUCUUAUUCGAAGAAACACUUAAGGAAGAGAGCUCGCGCCCGCGCAACCUAUGUAAAGCGCCAGGAAGCUCAUCUGUCUACACCGCUAUAUAUGGACAGGGAUUUCGGACCGGUGCUGAACUCUACAGCCGUUCCACCGCCUACCAGGCCAUUGUGGCGGAUCAUCGUCGCAUAUUGAACACGGGGACCUUUGCAAAAACCUUUUCUGAAUCGCUCGCCUGCUUCGAGAAUUUGGCGUCUGUCGGACUGCGAUCAUGUCCCACCUGGGUCCUACUUGAUCCGACCAGGCCAAUGAAAUUCCCCUGUUUAGGGGUACGCCGGCUUCGUAAUCAGCUACCCUGUGUCACGAAAAUUGCCUCUUCUAGGUUCCCGGGGCCUGUGAAGGAGUUGACGGGUGAUACACAUGCAAGGGCUCUUGCGGCAGUGGUAGAUGGUAUCGUUACAGCAAAGACAGAGCUCCGGAGACUCGAGACGUGCGACAGUCGCCACUGUGGCGUGUCGGCAGAGGACCUGAUAACCCUGACGACGACAAAACCGAGCUACAAACAUUUUCUAAUCCUGUUACGGAACCUGGAGACCCUCCAUUUGUGCCUGUUUAACGCGGACAAAGUGGCCGCCAGUGAAGGUAACGACCAUCGUCUGCAGGAUGCAUUAGAGAUGGUGGAGACCGCUGCACCCAGCCUACAGACCCUCACAUUCUCGCUCUCUUGCGCCCCAUUCAAGCGCCUCUCGCCACACACUUUCUCCCUGCUGUCGCAGCGCGUUAACUUUACGCGGCUAGUGGAGCUGGAACUCCGUGACCUUGAUUUCACCCGCGAUGGCCUUCAAGCAUUCCUCCGCUCCGCUACAACCACUCUCCAGCGUCUUAUCUUAUUCAAAGUAAGCCUAGUCGACACUAUCACACCCGCCUCUUCCUGGGAUUACCGCGCCCCUUAUGCCGACCGAAGGCAAUGGCAUGAAGACUACAAGGCAGAGAUUGGACUUCGGUGGCGGGCAGUUUGGGAAGACCUCCGCCACGAUCUACUCUCACUCCGGUAUCUUCGCAUGGACACGGUGUUAUUCUGCGGCCAUAUGAUCGAGUUCAAUCAUCCUCCGCGGAACAUCAAUAUAGAAAAAACACUGCGGUCACGCCCUAUAUACACUGUCACUUUCCAGGCUGACCACGCCCAUAACACACUGGGUGAAUGGAUCAGUGAUCUCAAGCCUACCCCGUCCGACACGGUCUUUGGUUUCAUACGAUCCGGGCGUCCGGCGGAGGUGCCUUCGACGCCCUAUUUUCGCCGUGAUCCGAUCCCUUGA